UCCAAGAGGACAAAGUUCACAGUAAAGCAGCUGAGCAAAGCAGAGGACAAAUAGUCACCAAAAACUACUUUGACGCAGACUUGAAUACGCGCUCGUGCCGCUGCGUCACGGCUUCUUACCCCAGGCUGAUGCAUGACAGACUGAGAUCUUCAUAAUCCCAGACUCAGUUUCUGGUGUAAUCAUGACAACAUCAGCGCCACCUACGGGACUGUUCCACCGAAACCCCAAAGCAUCGAAGCAUCAGUCGGACGAGCUCUCCAACCAUGCCGAGAGCCACAACAGUGUGGAGGAGGUCGAUCUGAGACGGUGGCAAAGACACGCAGAGAGGGUUAAGACCAAAGUCCUGGAGCAGGUCCAGGACCAUCUCAGCGACCUCCUCGACCAAGCGCUGUCCGAGUCCGUCCAGCCUUAUAGACACGGCCAAUCGUCCCCGAAUGGAAAUGUCACAAAAAAGCUCUCAAUGAGAGCUCAGAAAAUGGACAACGGCAAAGUGUUCACGGAGAGGCCAUCACUUUUGGAUGAGCUGUUCGAGAUCAGCCACAUCAGAACCAUCUACCACAUGUUCAUUGCCGUGCUCCUCAUCUUCUGUCUCAGCACACUGGCUGUGGACUACAUCGACCAGGGCAGGUGCGUCCCGCGCCGAAAACCUCUCCUGUGCCCUUUGUGUUUCCCGCUGCUCACAUCUACUCGCCUCAUUUGGUAGUAAAAUCCCCAGACACGUGGGAAUACUGCUUUGUUAUUAUUUAAGAAAGAAAUAACAACGAUUUGUCUUCCUGGCGUUCCAUUUAAUUUCCCUAGUGCACGCCUCACCUCAAGAUUUAAAUCCUACAAGCUGGAGCUGUCUGUGGGGACGGUGUUGAGUUUCGCGGCCGUCCAGACGUACGUUCUGGGCCUGUGUCCGAUCCACGUAGUGGUGGACAACCAGCUGCCUCCAGCCUCCAGAUUCAUUGUAAUACUGGAACAGAUCCGUUUCCUGAUGAAGAGCUACUCCUUCAUGAGAGAAACUGCCCCUGCGAUAAUAAAGAACGUGCCAAAGGAAGGAGAGUCUCCAUCGUUUCCUACAUUAUCCAGCUACCUGUACUUCCUGUUCUGCCCCACUCUAAUAUACAGAGAGUCAUAUCCAAGAAAUACUCACAUAAGAUGGAAGUACGUUGGUAGUACUCUGGCCAUGAUUUUGGGAUGCCUGUUUUACGGCUACUUCAUCCUGGUGCGCCUCUGUGUGCCGGUCUUCAGAAUGGACACCAACCAGCCGUUCAGUUUAAGGACAAUGGUUCUGGCUGUUUUCAACUCAAUACUUCCAGGUAUCAUGCUCCUUCUGUUGUGCUUCUUUGCCUUUAUGCACUGCUGGCUAAACCUCUUUGGGGAGCUGCUGCAUUUUGCUGACAGGAUGUUCUACAAGGACUGGUGGAAUUCCACGUCAUUUGCCAACUAUUACCGUACAUGGAAUAUUGUAGUUCACGACUGGCUGUACUAUUAUGGAUACAGAGACUUCCUCUGGCUGUCGAAGAGGAGAUUCCGCGCAGCUGCCAUGCUUUCCGUUUUCAUCGUCUCCGCAGUCGUCCAUGAAUACGCCCUGGCCAUGGGCUUCGGAUUCUUCUACCCCGUCAUGUUCUGCCUUUUUGCAGUUUUUGGAGUGGUUUUUAAUUUCACUCUGAACGACAAACGUCAGAGCCCCGUGUUCAACAUCAUCAUGUGGACGUGUCUUUUCGUCGGCCAGGGCAUCCAGGUGUGUCUGUACUGCCAGGAGUGGUACGCUCAGAUACACUGUCCGCGGAAAGAGAAUAGCUUUUGGGAGCUGGUGACGCCUCGGUCCUGGUCCUGCACCUAUCAGAGAUGAAGCUGCUGUUCUCGCAAGAUGGCGGAAGGAGAUGGAGAUACAUGCAGUAAACAGACACUAAUGGACAAACAA